AUGGUGGAUAAAGGUAAUAUACCUGAGUUCAGGACUCUUAAGGAGUGCUUGGAAUUCUUGGAGUGGUUGCAUCAUAAUAGAGGCGCACAAGGCCAGCUGGCCAAUAGACUGAUGCGGCUGCUUAAUGGCAAAUACAAUACUGUUGAUCAACAGCAAAUUGAACCCGCACUGUCACAGUUUUUAACUAAUGUAUCCAAGUUUCAUACGAAAUUGUGCAAAAAUCCACAACGGUCGUAUACCGGCGAGCGAAAAGCUAAAAAUACCUUAAACGCUCUCCUUCAGUGCAUCCCUAAGGUUCUUGCAGCUUUGUAUUUUUUGCGGUACAAUGUGGACGAUGGAUUCACAAGAGUGGGCGGUGGGGAUUGGGCGGGUGAAACGGUUGGGAUGAUCGAACUGUACGCUGCGCGUGGUCCAGAGUUUGUUAGACGGAUGAUAGCGAGUGCCGGAAAAAUUGAUAGAUACCUCAUUGCGCAAGAUGACGUUGAGUACGGUGUUAUACCUGGUGGAUUCGGGGCAGGUGAGUUGCAACCUGGUUAUAAGAAUGGCUAUUCCCCAGCCUCUGCUAUGGCAGGGGACAUUAUAAAGAUUCUGAAUAAAGAAACUAAUAAAAACAAUCUGCUUCUCGAUGUUUAUUCAACUACAGUGUUAUCCACGACCGGGUCCGACACUGCAAACAUCGCAAAUGCCCUUCGCUUGGUUCAAGAUUUCUGUAGAAUUUUCGGAGAAGUACGAGAUGAGCAAGAUUUUAGGAAUCAUUUAUAUUCGAGAGACAAAUGCAUAAAUUUAGAUGAAUUAAAAAGGCAAUGCAAAAAACUUAUAGUACCGCUUGAAAAAAUAUUCACCAAGGACCGUUUUUCCUUCACGGGAUAUGCUAGAGAAUAUCAAUACCUUACAAAGGAGAACAUUGCGAAAAAAAUGGCAAGUUGGUUUAAAACACAUCUGAAUGCAGUGAAUGAGAAAUUGAAGAGAAUUGAUACACAAUCCGGUGUAAUCAAAAAACCACGCAAGGACAACCUUGCCGCCUAUUUCAACAAACAUUUCAUUCCUUACGGAUUCACAUUCUAUGGCUACGAUUUCGGAAAAGGAAGCAGUCAGCAAAAGAUUUUGACGGAUAAUUGGGUUAAUGUAAUUAAUGAGCUAAAGAGAGAAGGUGACGGCCUGGCAAAGUUGAAAACGAUUUUGGAUGGUGAGGGUUGUUUAAUGGAAGAGGAAGAUGAUAAUGAAGUUGAGGACGAAGAGGCUAAGGAAGAACUAGAAAUUCCGGAUGAAGAUUUGGAAGAUGUAGAGUCCGAAGAUCAUACGCCUUUCACCAAACCCGAUGCCGCCAAGCCUGUGGUCACCAAAGCCGAAGCGGCGAAGCCGACUGCUACCAAGACGGAGGCAAUUAAAACUGAGGCUGCGAAGCCUGUUGUAAGUCAAUCCGAAGUAACUCCAAACCAGGGCAAGAAAUCUGAGGGAGCACAGAACCAAGGCAAGAAAGCGGAGGGGGCACAGAACCAGGGCAAGAAAGCGGAGGGGGCACAGAACCAGGGCAAGAAAGCGGAGGGGGCACAGAACCAGGGCAAGAAAGUGGACAGCCCUCAAAGCCAAAAUAAUGGUCAAAGUGAAGAAAAGCCUGGGAGUUCACAAGUCGCACAGGCGGCACAAACUAAUACUUCAAGUGAUUCAAGGGGAGGCUCUGAGUCACCUGGUGCCCAUGAUCCCAGUAGUGGUCAGGGCCCGGGUGACCAGGCGGCUACCUCCGGCGCUAGUCAACAGAGUGGUCAAAAGGCUCAGCCAGGUUCAGGUGACAGUAAGACGGCAUCCUCUACUGCAGGAUCUGGUCCAGGUGGCGGUGGAAAAGGUGAUCAUAGUCGUGACCCCGUAACAUGUGAUGGUGGUAUAAGUGCUACUCUGAAUGGCCAAAACUAUUGUCAGCCAAAAUCUCAUUGGGGCAAUCGUACACCAUUCGUACCAACUGAAAUCACCGAAAAGAUGUGGGAUGAUUUUAAAAAUCGACAUCAUCCUACGACAAUGCAAAGUGUUCCUUCUAUUCAUACGCCUAGUUCCUCCCAACCUUUACAUUACGUUCACGGUGACCGUGUUGUCAGCCAACGUCAACCCUUUGAAACACGGAAAAGGGUUAGGGGGCAGAUUGGUCAAGGAGAAUUACCUAAAGUUACCGGAUUGGCUAUCGAUGAUCCGUUUUUUGAGCAGCAGAGGAUAAUAGAAAAUGAAUACAAAACCGUGCUUAAGGACAACGCAUAUAAGUGGCAAACAGAUCGAAUGAAAUUCUAUGAUGAACUGCAAGAACGACUGACUAGAGAGGCUGAAACCGAAAAGGAAAUGAAAGAAGAACAACGCAAGGUGGAGCGUAGACUAGAAAUGGACGCUAAAUAUAAAACUGCCAUUGAACGGCUCACAAAGCAAAAUCUACAGAGAGAAGCAGACGCCAAGGCGUUGGAAAAACGAUUUGAAGAAGCGACCAGAAAAACGGACGAAAGACGUAGACAGGAAGAAGCAGAGGAACGUGAAAAACAAAAAGAAGAGGAACAUAGGACACGAUUGCAACAACAAGCCUAUUAUGAUCACGCUAACUCGUUGAACGGUAAGCCAGCUCCCGAUCCCACUGAUUUUACUUUAAUGCAGAAUGAGGCCAUUAAUAGGAGUAGAGCGUACAAAGAAGCAGAGAAAAUAGAGAGAGAAAAGAAUCUGGAACUUAAAAAGGCACUGUAUGCGGCUCAAAAAAUUAAUUUGCCGCAGCAUAUACCAAAACCAAGAAGCAUACAACCUCCCCUCGUGAAUUUGGAUGGGCAUGCUUCUGUGUUCGUGAAUCAAAUGGAAGGUAUUCCACUGAGUAGUUCUUCAAAAGGAAAUGACAACGUUUCCGGACUUCGGCAAAUUACGUUUUCCACGUCAUCUGUGCCAACAACCGCAACCCUGUCCGGGCAGACUCCCCAUAAUCCAACAGAAUCGCCAGCAACUGCCACACUAGACGACUCAAUCAUACCUGCAUUUACGGACGUCACUGCUAUUAAUAUAAAAACACCUGCUGAUCCAAAUAAAUACUACUACGGAGAGUUUACAGGGAACGUUGUGAAAGACCACUCAAACGUCACACGGCGAAAGGAGCUGGCAGCUAAUGCGUUUAAAGUUCAACGAAAGUUAUUUGAACAGCGCGAGCCCCAACUGCUGGCAGUAGACAACCAAAUAAAGCAAUCAGUGCAGAAAAAGGAAGAGGAUGUCGAAAACUGGCAAGAAGCGCGGAGAAGUGACUUUCUGAAAGGUAUUCAAAGAGAUAUUCAAAGUCGGGUCACGAGUGCGGAUGGUGAUGCUGUGUUCAUGUCAGGGAAUCCUAUUACAUACCAAAAACCUGUUCUCGUGAUAGGACAAGUUGUGAAAAAUAAUCCUGACACAAACGGCAAACGAAAACAGGAGGCAUAUAAUAUUCUUCGUUCGCAAAAUUUUGAUGUCACAGGCGAUAAAAUUCUGAUUCCCAAUAUUCCACCUAAGCCCCUUCCGCUACUUCCCUCCAUUGGCAUUCCGGCUGGCAAACCAUUAAAAGAGGCCAAGCAAAUACCGCCCUUACCGCCGCUGCCGUACCCACUCUCUGUUCCUGCCAUUGCUUCUGAGCCUGAAGGCAUUGAUCUGACAAAACAGAAACGUACCACGGAACGUACGCCCGUGAUACUCCCGGAGGUUAUCCCUCCUCUCACUGGGCAGCUUGAUGUUCUACCCAUGGAAAAUUCAACCGACUUUUCGGGUAGUACAAUCGUACAUACACCAGCUCAUAUACCAACGGUCUACAUUCCACAAGACAGUGCUUUCGAGACCUUUGUGCCGUCGGAACCAACAGGCGAUCCCAUUGCUGAUCCCAAGACAAAGCCUCCGCGGAAAUCCCUCACUCCGGUAGAAAUCGAAGCUCAUCCAGGGGUCAUGAUUGAUGAACCGAUAUGUCAGCUGUAUUCCCCAGAGUUGGUUACAAAAAAGGUUCCUAGCACUGAUCACAGUAUAGCUCCGCCCCGAACUGUGCGUGAGAUGCUGUGCUGGCUCAGCGAUUUGCCGCAUGCCCUGGGAUAUGCCAAUUUAAUCAACUACAUCUUAAAUUUGUUUGAGGGGUCUGAAUCAAUAGAAGCCAUCCCAGAAUCUAUUUCAUCGGACGAUGUCACCGAAGCCUUAUCCCAAUCCUGUAGCCACGCCAGUUCUGUGCUGGCAGGUAUCGAAGGGCCUGUGCCCAUUGACCUUAACAAGUUGCACUAUGAACGCUACGGCGCUCCACUGAUGUACUACUCCGAAGACCCCUACACGCUUCUAUGCCAAUUGCUGAGCUAUGUCUACGCCACUUAUCAUCAGCUAUCUUUCCUGCGCACCCAGUGCCGGAGGGACUCCGACCAGGGUGGGUGGCGUGAAUGUCAGUACGGUAAAAAUGUAAAGGCAUCGGAAUAUUGGCUCUGCACCAAAGAUCCAUUAGACCCCAUGAAAUUACAAAGUCAUGGUUGCGACCCUUCCCCCUUGCAAGGUUUUCUCACUGACCAGUCCGAUAUCUCCACUUACUGGUAUCAGAGGAAUGAUGUAUGCCAGAAGAGCCGCAUUAAAAUGGGUUUUCUUCAGAAACAUUUUCGAGAUAAGCAUAAGCAUGGGUUCUAUACCUACAACUUGCUGACUGGGGCGUGUUAUAAUAAUGUAGAUCCACUUGAGAAACUUUGCCGAUAUCUUGUAUGCCUCACCAGAAGGACGCCGCGUACCACCGGGGAGCUUGUGUCCUUCUCCCAUCAUAUCGGCAAUGAGUUGCAAGGUAUGUGUCAGGGUUGUCUUUACUUGGCACCGCCAUCACCAAGUCGUAUGACCUAA